CGGGUGGGAGCGCUGCAGCCCCGGAGAGAGAGGGAUCGGCCGCUCGCCGUGGCACCGGCAGGGGGCGCUGCGGGCCCGCCCCGCGCCGGCCGCUGGGGGGCGCGCUGUCCCGCCCCCUCAGGGCGCGGGGCUCAAAGAGCGCGGGGCGGGCCCGGGCGGCACCUCUGCCCGCCGGGGAGAGCCCAGAGCCGCAGCCGCUCCGAGCCGCCAGCAUGAGCAAGGGCAUCCUGCACACGCUUAAAACGAAGAGAGAACUCAUUCCCCUGGCCGGAAUAUUGUCCUUGGCAGCAGCUGGGGCGUUCUCUUUUUGUGUCUACUCCCUAUUCCGCAAAUCUGAUGUGAUCAUUCACAAGAUUGGCAGUUCAGAACCAUGGGAAACUAUUGAUCCUGCCAAGCCUCAGAAGCUGGUAACAAUCAAUCAGCAGUGGCGACCUAUAGAAGAGCUGGAAGAGGUCAAAAAGCUUACGAAGUGAGAAGUUUCUGUUGCCUCAAAAAAGUACCCUAUGAAUCUAGUGGAAUCACUUCUGCACAAACUUGACUACUGAAAUCAGUGUGCGGAAAUGCUUCUGCUACAUUUUUAGGGUCUCCCUACAUUUUUUUGGACUCUGGAUGAGGAGUUUCAUGUUGCUUUAGAAGCUGGCAUACAGCAUCCACAUAGUCCAAAAAUCUGACUCAAAAUAAUUAUUUUCAAUAAGCAUUUGAUGUAAAUUUUUGAGUAUUCAGAUGGUAAUUAUGGAUCAAAAAAACCUUCAUCAAAACUUCAAGUUUUUGUAGAGUUUCAGGAUUUGUUUCAAAAUACAUUAGUUUUGCCAUUUUACUCAUUUUUAAGAAAAUUAAUUCUAAGUUUAUGCAUUUCAUGUAAAUUGCCCAAAAGCCUUUCUGAAUUGGGAUUCCUGGUCUCCUUCCUUUCUAUUCUGUAUUUCUAUGUUAUAUAGAGACCAAAGUCACAGCCAGAGGAUGUCUUUGUAUGGCAGCAUAUGUGGUCAUACAGUACACUUGCAUUCCUUGGCUGUGUUAGAUGUGGGGACAGAUUAAGUCGAAACUAAUGUUGUGCUGCAAAUACUGAAACUUAUCCACUGAGUCCAGUAGGUUAUGUGAGGGUGUAUUUGAGACUGCAGAUUUAGAACCUCAAAACCUAAGAGUUAAGCAUGGCUAGAAGGGAAAUGAAAAUCAGGUAAUUUCUUUUGUAUUUAAAUAUUGUUCAUUAUUAAAUUUUUUGAUGGUACUAGAAUUAGAAAAUCUGCAUUAUCCAAAACUACACAGUGUUGAUUUCUUCUUUUUGUGCAAGGUUGUUCAAGUGCAAGCUGCAAUGUACUGCACAAUUAACAAUAUUUUUAAAGAUUUCUACAUGCUAUUAGGAAUAUCUCUCUUAUCAAACAGAAACUAAGAUUAAAAUUAGGAAUGAUUCUAUGAAGUUCUUCUUUAAGCUUCUGUGUGUUUGCUUAUGGGUUGGCCAGGGAAAGAAUGUUCCCAGUAAAAUCAUGAGACAUGCAUCCAAUGGCAGAACAGUCCUUUUGUAGAUAUUUUCUGCAUGUGUCCUCUUCCAAGCAGUUUCUCAAUCUAUUCUACAGUUCCUCUUAAAAUGGAUGGUAAGAACUCAUAAUCCUUUCUGUGAGGAAGAAACCAAAAGUGAAACAGCUGCUAAUUGAGAAAAGUCCCCUUAAAUGAGUAAUAGUCAAGUGCUUUAGGUUAUUCUGCUGCAGCAAAGACAGACUUCAUUUAGAAAAGCUGUCUCCUGAAUUCCAAGGUAGCUUGGCUUCAGAAGCUGUUUUCUUCAACUGAGGAAAAAAAUAAUCUACAUGUUGCAUAAAUAUUUGUUUAUCUAGUAAGGAUGACUCAGCAGCAUUUAUGUUUUAGAGUGAGAGGAACUAGUAGUCUUCAGAAUAAAUCCUUAGCUUGCAUUUAAGGAAUGAUAUUACAAGAAGAUUGAAUAGCAGAGAACCACAAAAAUACAGAGCUCUGAGGAAGUUUUAAGUAUUUUAAAACAGAAAAUAUUUUAAAAUAUUUCUCUGUAUUUCCAUAUUUCUACUGGACUGUAGCAAAAACAAAGUGGUGUGCCCUGAGUUGAUGCAUUAAUUGAGUUUGUUCUUCAGUAAGUCACUUUUUUUGGCUGCAAAAACUAUGACCUAAGUAUAAGUCAACAUUGGGAAAAUAAGUGUAAGUAAAUUUUAGUUAAUUUUUGUAUUUAGCCACAUUUCAGUGAUGUUUCCAGUAGCACAUUAAGCAGUGUGACUGCUGUCAGUACAGGUUGCUGCUUCUUUUAUCAUGUCCUGAAGCAUAACAGCUCUGGUAAUAAAACUGUUUUGCUUUGUAA